AUGCGUGUCGCUCUUCUUACCUUUUUGUGCGGUGCUUUGGUCAAUGCCCUCACUGGAGAAGAAGAUCUAGAAAAGUGGGGUGGGCCUAGAGGUGGGAAUAAGGUUUCCCACGGGGGUAAUAAUAUUGGUAAUGGAGAUGGUGGUGGGAUUGACAUUGACACUGGGGGUGGUGACAUUGGGGACAUUGGGGUUGGGGUUGGCGGUGGAAGGGGUGGGGGUGUUUGCGACCCAGCCGCUUGUGACGCCAAGGUGGCCAAUCGGGUUACUGCGACAACGGUAGUGGAUCUCCUAGUUUACUUGGACUUAUCCUUGGACAAACUACGCCAGGCUGCACCUGUGUCCCAAACCCGCCAGAUUGUGAUCCUUCUUCUUCUUUGCGCGUCCGGCCUGACCUGUUGCAAUGGAGCCUGCGUCAACCUUGAUACCGAUGCAAGCAACUGUGGAACUUGUGGGAACACUUGUCCUGCUGGGUCAACAUCGAGUUGCUCAUCAGGCAGCCUUACCUGCUUAGGUAGUGAGAUUUGA